GAAUGGAUGGUCAAGCCAGCUGCGACGGACCGGAUGGGAGGUGGUUAGUUGUCGAAGAAAUUCGGCGAAGGCGACGAGAGAUGAAGAUGGAGCGUGGGGACCUCUGCCAUUAAUUGGGUCGUUGUCUUGCAGACUGCGAUGUCGCGGGCUGCUUCUGGAACGGGGCGGCCAGCCUGGGACUUGACUUUUUUCAGGGGCAGCGGGUGUUGCAGGGGGCACACCCUCGGAACGGAAGCCAGGCCGGCCUUGGUUCAUGAGUGGGGCGCGGGCGGCGAUGUUGCGUGCUCUCCCCACCGCCAAUCAGAUAUGGUUUUGGGAGAUUGGUGCUGGGGACAGCCUAGAUUGGCGGUAGUUUUCCACCAAGCCCGAGCCACACGCCCACAGCAUUCAGCAACGGCGCCAGCGUCUUCAACGAGCAAGGGACUGAGGAGCCAAGGCUGCUGGUCAAAAAUUCGUCAACGGCCGUCGAUUGGCACAAUGCACAGAAAACUUCCGGGUUCUCAUCACACCGAAGCAGGCAUUGAUGCGGUCCGUGAUUUACACUGCCACCGAAUACCAGCUGGCUCAAACAGGCAACUCGGCUUCUCUAACACGCUCGCGAUGGCCCCCUGCAAGUCCUCCUCUGUGUCAAAAGCUGAGUUUUUUGACCGGCGCCUCCUCCUUCUCCUUCAGUCUGUUUGUGAUCUACACCGCAUCCCCGCCUUCGACAACACAUUUCGGACCGGCGGGAGCGGACGGGACAAGAAGGACCGGGCGCAUCUUGAUUCGUGCACGACGGGAGUUCUGGCAGAAGCGCAUGGCGAUCGCUCAUAUCCGCUGUAACAGAGCCAAUGAUGAGAUUCCCAUGGUUGGGCAAACCCAUGAGAUUUUCCGCCGCCUUGUGAACCCGACAUGUGAGGUAAGGUGGUAAG